AUCAUGUGGGCUCUACACGAUCUUUAUUAUGAUCCAACGGUGAUGAACUUCACAUUGAUCUACACCAUCACACUAACAUGUAAUGCAAAGAUGUUUGGUGCAUACGAUACGACUGACUAUAGGGACCUUCCUGGAAGCCCCGAAGAAUUGGUUUUUCCCAAAUCGUCUAUAUAUGCACAAAUUAAGCAAACCAAAAAACACGAACAAUACUUGAAAACUAAAAAAAAAAUUUGAUAUGGGGUUCUCUGAAUCAGGCCAUGGAUGCAAGAAGCACCCACAUCACCAGGAAAAGCAAGGGGUUUGCCCUUCUUGUCUAAGAGAAAGAUUAUCUCGUCUUUGUUCUGCUCCGUCCAAAGAAUUAGUUAAUCCAAGAAUUGCUCCUUCACUGUCUUUUUCCCAUGCUGACUACCGUUCGGCUUCGUCUUCAAAAUCUGCCUCCCCUGCUCGACAUCGUAAUCUCCAUAAGCGAAACGGAUCCGGGGUGAUGGGAAUCAUGGGAUCGUCGUCUUUCAUGGUAAAGGUUGGUACCACUAAUGGAUUCAAGAAGAGUAGAUCGAUUGCUUUCGUACCAAGAAACUUCGAUGGUGAAGAGGCUAAGAAUGGGAAGAAGAAAAAAGGGUUUUGGUCCAAGUUGCUACGUUUCAAAGCGAAGAAGGAUUUUCUGACGCAUUCAACGAGUAUGAGAUUAAUGAUUGGAAGAGUGAAUUAAUUUUCUACGGUUCAAUUCAAUAAAUUGUGCAUAGUUUUUUUUUCUUUGCUUUGUAACAUAAUUAUGGGAUGGGAAUGUAUGUUUUUCAUUAACAGAGGUUUGAAUCCUUUGCCUAUGGUGUUUUAUAAUUGUUGAUGCUUUCUUUUUUCUUUAAUCUUCUUGAAGAAACAAAAUUAGGUUCAGGUCGUUCAAUCUUUUUCUAAGCUGAUGUCUUUCUUUUUUUCAUGCAUAUCAAGAAAGUUGACUUUUGAUAAUGUACAUCACCAUCCAUAUAGAAUUAUUACUACAAGUUUAGAAGAUAUAAUAUGACUAGAAAGAGUCGUGAUUUAUCAUACAACAUGAUUUAGAUGCGGUCGGUUCACAAGUGACAAAAAUCAAACUUUCAACCUUUGUUUCACAGCCAAUUUCGUUGAAAAGUUCGAAACAAGCUAAAAGGUCGUCCAUAUCACAUGGUUCUUCCCCCUUUGUGGUUUAAACUCGUGGCGAUGGCUAUCUUUUCAUUGACCAUUUUUGUCACAUCGGUUGCACACGUGCUAUAAUGCAAAAGUCAUUUUGAAAAGUUGUUGAGAUUAUAGUAUUACAUAUAGCAAUAGCAAAAUUUGAAAGAAGAAAGUCUAUAAAGAAU